UCUUGGACCAUGGCCUUUAAAGGGUUUCUUCCCAAAGCUAACCAAGUCAAGUUCAUAUUUGGAAUGGUUUUUGGAAUUUGUUUCUUGGUCCAAGUUCAUAACGACUUUGUACGGUUUAUAGAGAAGAAAAAGAGCUUUGCAAUUACUUCCUCUGAAAUGAAACCCCCAGGUUGGGAUCUUCCACCCUUGACUCUUUGUUUAGAACCGGGUUAUAAGCAUGACGUCCUUUUGAAUCUAUCUCUAUCGGAAGAUUUUUGGUACACUCAAAGAAUACUCGACAUGUCCGCAAUGAAUGACUUGAAUCAGAGUUUGGAUUCGUUCUUCGAUUUUACCACUUUCAAUCUUUCGGAACAGAUAUUUCGGGUAGAAAUCCAACGCGGGGAUCAAAUCACAGCUUUUGACCCUCCAACAAACCUUUCUGAUGCAGCCAACUCAUCAUUGCUUUUAACGGAGAGCAUUCACUUGUACCAUGGUAAAUGUGUUACCGCUGUUCUCCGAAAUCUUCGACAUAUGACCAAUGAUUAUUUAAAGAUUUCGUGGAACAAACUACCAUCUGAUAUCGAGAUAACUGCUUUUAUUCACAUACAUCAUUCCGAAACUGACCUUCUCGGCGUUCCUUAUUGGCUGAAAACGCCAAAGCAACUUACUAUAAACAAAAGGCAAAACGUUGAUGUGAAGGUGACUCUGUUGAAAUAUUUAUAUCUGGAAACACCCGGUUACUGCACUUUGAACAUAGAGUACAAGGAUCACGUGGAAUGUGUCAUCAAAGCUGUCCAGGAGGCAUGUCGGAACAGCUCUCAUUGUUGUUAUCAUCCUAUCACCCGAAAGCUGACUCAAAGCGCCAAUCGCACUUGUUCCCACCGAGAUGAAACCAUUCUAUCCAUAGAAAUGUUAAAGAAAACAAUCGAGGAAGUAAAAUUUUUGUGCAAGUAUACGUGCCAUGACAUUGAAGUAAACUACAGCGCUACCAAGCGGACAGUUUAUGCAAAAGAUGGGAGAGCAGGGCUAACCUUGCAAUUUGUAAUGAGUUAUAUAGACAUCAAUGCACAAUAUCAGUUGUUUGAAAUUAAUACAAUUGUUGCUUCUGUAGGAGGGUCCCUUGGCAUGUUUUUGGGAUUCUCAUUUCUUUCUGGUUGUUCGGAUUUGAUUGACCGUUUCUAUCGUUCUUAAAUUAGAGUGCACACAGAAAGAUACCAAAUAUAUUGAAUCU